AUGGGGAAAAGCUGUACACGCAUGCCAGCGCCUAGCACGUUUAAGCAGGAAAAGGUGAACCAUAAAGAAGAGACUGUUUCUAAAGCCUGCUCGUACUGUGGAAAUGCAAGUCAUCAGAUCCUGAACUGUUCCAGCUUCAAGUCGUUGGACAUCGGGGCGAGAUGGAAGGCAAUGCGUCAGAAGAACUUGUGUCGGUUGUGUCUAGUUCCUCACAAGAAGUGGCCUUGUCGUUCAAAGAAGGAAUGUGGUAUGGACGGUUGCCGUAUUCGUCAUCACAUGCUGUUGCAUAGCAGCCCACCGUACCGAAGCGAGUCUGUUGGUUCACCAAAGUCGGUAAAGACGGUACACCACAAUCAUCAUCACACGAAAUCCUUUUCGCUUUUCCGUUAUCUGCCAGUUACUCUAUAUGGCAAUGGGAACCAUGUCGAAACCUAUGCGUUCUUGGAUGAUGGAUCGUCAUCGACCUUACUAGAAGAAGCGCUAGUUGCCAAGCUGGGAAUUGAAGGAGAACCGGACAACCUCUGGCUAGGCUGGACAGGAAAGAUUGGUAGACAAGAGAAGAACUCCAGGAGAAUCAGUGUGAAGAUUUGUGGUACCCGUAAGAAGGAAUCAUUCGAGUUGGGAAACGUACGGACGGUACGGGAGCUCGGACUACCUAGUCAGACAUUGGAUUACAUAGAGAUUUGA